GUUGGGCAACAGCAAUAGCCUUGGUUUUCGUCCUCUGCGAAGUCGACAUUCUCCCUUCGACGUCCAACAUUGAGGUGCAGGUGGUGAACUUUCGAGGCCUUUGUCCGUUGUCACCCUGGGUGUUGAUCGCAGGCAUUCUGGCGUUCUUUCUGGGUCUGAUCCUAUCACCCUACAUUCCAAACCUCUUGGGCAAGGAGAUUUGUUUCCUGGAUGUGGUGAGUAUCAAUCAAUCAGAUCACGACUUGAUGGAGCGAGGCAUCUAUGGUCUUGGAGGUUUCCUGUCAAUGUCAAAGCAAUUACGCGUACUCUGGAGUCCUGACUACCUACAGAGGCUUUGGUGCGUGUUUGAACUGGCAGCGUAUCGGAAGGCAAAUCCUGCUGGGAAGAUCGUUUUGGCUCCCCUUUACAUCGAGGCAAUUGUCAGCUCUACCAUGUUGGGUUCCUACGCAGUUGUGGUCAUGUUCUGGCUAACUCAAGCGAUGAGUGUGAGACUUUCCUUCACCUAUGCAGGUUACAUUCUGUCGUUGAUUCCUGCAUACAUUGCCUUCCAUUUUCUGCGACUCUGCACGAGACAAAAGAUGCAACUCGUUGCAGAGCUCAAGUCGUUCGAUGUGGAGCUGGCAGAAUGCCGCAGUCCAUACGAUCGUGAGUUUGUCUUUGAGGGCAUCACAACGUGGUACGGCAGUAAAACUGCCUUCAACGAUUAUGUCAGAGGGCCACUUUUUCUCGAACUCAUAGAACCUUUAUCCAGGAAUCAAGUGCCUGCAAUGUAUUGGUGUUUGUUGGUGACGCCGACCCUCACCUCUGGCUUCGAAUUUUUCAUGGCCAUUUGGAAAGGAGGUGGUACCCGAGAGGCACUACUUUCACAUUUCAUCGGUGUUGUGAUCGGUGCCCAGCUCUGUUGGUUUCUGGUUUCCCUGAAGCUGGGCUUUGCCUUGUGCUACCGCUUUGCAAGUCGAAGCCGGCUGGACUUAGUGAAGACGCUCUUGAUUUUUCUGGUGUUCGUUUCUUGUGUUGUCUUUGGUACUGCCUUGGCCACCAUUGCGUACACCUCCAGCCUCAAUGCUGCCAUAGCUUUCACAUCCGGAGCCAUGCUGAUCGCAGUCUUCUCGUUUGAGUGGAGACGCAUUUGGCGACUAAGAUAUGGGUGACAGCGACAUGUCGACACGAUAUGGACAUAUUUGGACAUAUUUGGACGAAACUUGGCGACCUUGGCGGGCAACUUUUCCAUCUUUUCCGGUGAGGGGAGAGAAUCUCGGGUCGCAGAGCCGAGAUCGAAAGGGACCGCAAGGGUCCGAAAGGGUCCGCCUUGGCCAUGGCCUUUGGCUUGGAGAUUGGCCACCAUAGCGAAGGGAACGAGCAGGACUGUAGAGCAGGACUGUAUAUUCUUGUAGCAUCUUGUAGCCAUAGUCUCAGUGAAAUGGAAUGGCCCGGCAAAAUGAGUUUCCACCAUGAAGCUCUAUCGAAGCAGAGCGCAAUGCGGAGCACCUCUGCAAAGAGUCUCAGAGGUUUCAACCUGUUUCAACUGCGCAGGACGGAAAA